AGAACCGAUUAGUUCGUCGGUAAUCUUCGUACGAGACGGAAGUUUGUUUUCGCUUUCGGUUUCUUUGGCGUCCAUGUAUACAAAAGUUUUUAGUUGAUUAUUUUAUAAAAUUCCUAGAUUAGACCGACGUAGAUUUCGUAAAUUAAACUGGUUGCUGGACGUUUGAAACAAAUUUUUCGUUGCUUACGCGUUGAAAAGGCAUGAAACAAUUAUCUGUAAUCUAGUGGCUUUCAUCACAGCACAAAGUGACUAGUUUCACUGAAUGGCGUAGAGCACCAAACUCCCGCUGUAACGACAACACUAGCGGGAAGGAAAAGUGUACAAAUUUGUUUUUGUCGUUGUAGUAGAUAUCUAAAUAUAGUGCAGUGGAAUCACCAGCUCGACCUUCCACACAAAAAGGAAGCUCUAUAACUUCCAGGCGUACCGUAGCAAGGAAACGGCCUGCGGCAGUAGAGGAGGUAGAUUACUGCGGAACGGAAGUGUAACAACCCUGAAAUAGAAAAAAAAAUACCGUCCAUCGACUUGGACACCGAAAAGGCAAACGUGAUUGUGCUCCUAUGAUAUCAUCGUUUGAAGAAGUUUUUUCCGCUUUAUGUUGCUCAUCCUACUGCUCGCGGUGCCUGGCUGACGACGUGAAGCAAUAAAAAUUGCUCGAAUUCGAUACGAUUGAGGGUGCUACGUGUAGGAAAACAAAACAAGCGCUUCUGUUCAGUGUUGACUUUUGAGGUCAGAGAAAAUGUUCAAUGAUUGCUCCAGUUACGGCGGAAGCAACGGCGGGCUGCCGAUAGAGUGAAUAGUAGAAAAGAUUCAGUUCUUUGCAAAGUAUGUGCCUAUAUUAAUCAAGGCGUUGUGCAGCGUAUUUUUUUCUGAUUUAUACUUCAACGGGGGUAUCUACCUGCAAAACAAACAGUGAGCUCUGUUCUGUGGAUUAUGAGCGCGAGGUUUCCGAAGUUUUUGAAACCGGAUGACGAAUCAUUCUCAUCAGAACGUGACGCAGCCCCAUCCGAUGAUCACGUAACCUCGUUCGUGUUCAACGCGCACCACUCACUCAACCUAGCCGCCCAGCGUGAACGUCUUCCGAUCCGGCAGUAUCGCGACCAGAUCCUCUACUGUCUCGAGCGCUAUCAAACGCUGGUGCUGGUCGGUGAAACCGGUUCCGGCAAGAGCACACAGGUACCACAGUACCUCUACGAAUUCGGAUGGCACCACAAAGGCCUGAUAGGCAUCACCGAGCCGCGGAGAAUCUCAGCCAUCACACUGGCGGACCGGGUAGCCACGGAACGUGGCGAGUUGAGUGGGGAAACCGUGGGCGUCUCGAUUCGAUUCAUUACGAAGUGUGAUCCUGCCACUACUAAGAUUAAGUACAUGACGGAGGGCAUUCUGCUGCGUGAGAUGUUGGCCGAUCCUCUGCUCACGCAGUACAGUGUGAUUAUGGUUGACGAGGCGCACGAGAGGAGUGUACUAACCGAUACGGUGAUGGGUUUACUGAAGAAAAUUGCCCGCCGAAGGUCCGCACUGAAGAUCAUAAUUUCAUCUGCGACAGUUGAUGCGGAGUUGUUUCAGGAGUUUUUCAAUUUGAAGAAAAAGAAGGACGAAACUGACACCUCGGUAGCACUGACCGUGGAAGGUCGAAUGUUUCCGUACGACGUUUUCUAUUUACAAGAACCUUGUCCAGAUUACGUCAAAGCUACGGUUGAGACGGUAAUGAAAAUUCACCGAAAAGAACAGUCAGGAGACAUACUCGCUUUUCUGACUGGUCAAGAAGAGGUCCUGAAGGCACUUGAUUUGCUACGGGAGCACAAAGAAGCUAGUGGAAAGGACGAUUUGAUGAUACUUCCCAUGUACGGAACAUUAUCGAAUACAGACCAGCUGAAGGUGUUUUUCAACGUUCCUAAGGGUGUACGUAAGGUUAUACUAGCUACGAAUAUUGCCGAGACAUCUAUUACUAUCCCUGGAAUCGUCUACGUUAUCGACUGUGGAUUCGUCAAACUGAAUUGGUAUUCGGCUGAAAGCACCACCAACAGCCUAGUGAUUGUUCCCACAAGCAAGGCCGCCGCAGAACAGCGAGCAGGCCGUGCCGGUCGAGUGCGCAGUGGUAAAGUUUAUCGUCUCUACACGGAGGAAGCUUGGGAGAAACUACCCGAAUUCACUCCACCGGAAAUGCGCCGAACUGACCUGUGCAGUACGGUUCUGUACCUGAAAGCUCUUGGAAUCGACAAUGUUUUAAGGUUUACCUUUCCUUCGCCACCACCAGCGAAGCAUCUGCUGGCGUCAAUUGAAACGCUCUACGCAUUGGAAGCACUAGACACAGAAGGCAACCUGACCAGUCCGGUUGGUUACUUCCUAGCUGAAAUGCCUAUCAACCCAAUGAUGGCAAAAAUGCUAUACAAGGCAGGAGAAAUGGGAUGCUCUGAAGAAAUUCUUAUCGUAAUUGCCAUGCUGCAAGUACAAUCGGUGUUUUCGAAGCCGGUCAGCGGGCAGGCUUCGAUAAGGGCGCGGAUCGCUAAACGAAAUUUUGAAGUAGCUGAAGGAGAUCUGAUCACACUUUUAAACGUUUAUACGGCAUUUAUUGAGAAUGGCCGCACGAAAGAGUUCUGUGGUCAAAACUUCCUAAUUUACCGUAACCUGAAGCGAGCUCACGAAAUCAAAUCUCAGUUGUGUAGCAUGCUGGAGAGGGAAUUGAAUAUACCGCUGCUUUCUUGCAAUGGAAACGUGGAAGUUAUUUGCCGUUGUAUAUUGUCUGGAUUUUUCCCGUAUGCCGCAUAUUUGCAUCAUUCCGGAGUUUAUAGAACGGUUAGAGGUAACACGGAGCUCGCGGUUCAUCCUCUUUCGGCGCUGUACACGGUUGAGCAGCCGCAGUGGGUAAUUUUCUGUGAACUUUUGCACACAACGAAACUCUUUAUGAAAGAUAUCACAGUCAUCAAACAGGAGUGGCUGACCGAAUUGGCACCUCAUUAUUACCAUAAGGUUACAGUUAGAGAUGAUUACUAAAAACUAAUUCGUUAAGCUUCUAAUAAAGAUUCGCAUUCAAAUAAA